UCCUUCUCUCUCUCUCUCGCUACUGUAAAGUUUGCACUGUACCUGGGAGUAUAAUGGAACAGCUACACAGUGAGAUGGAUGAGCACGAGCUCAGCCUUGACCUCACCCUCCGCGUGAGCCCGGCAGCUGAGGCGGAGCAGGGCGGCUUCUUCCUCUGCGUCUACUGCGACCGCAAGUUCCGCAGCUCACAGGCGCUUGGCGGCCACCAAAACGCGCACAAGCACGAGCGCAGCCUCGCCCACCGCCGGCGGGAGAUGGCCGCCGCCACGGGUGCACACGGGGCCGGAACGCGCGCGCCUGCAGCGCAGGACGAGAGGCCCAGGUAUGUUUCCGCCGGCGAUUUCGUCGAGGCUUCAGCUGGGAAGGCGGGGAGGACGGAGGCAAGGUCGACGUGGAACGUUGCUGCUGCUCCCAUGCCUGGUGGUAUGACGCGCCGGGCCGAUGAUGUGGACCUGUCGCUCAGGCUAUGAUCGAUCUCUCAUUCUAGCUAGUUGAGUUUCUCUCAUGGAAUUCCGACCGGCGCGCGCGUCGCGCCGUAUUUUGGGCUCCUAUUUCUUUUCUUUUGUAUUCUCCGAUCGAUCUGACUGAAUGUACUUACCGAAAUUUUACUGUCUGUGAAAUUUCUUCAAAUA